AUGCAGAUUCCUUCCCCGACUGUAGUUACGACCGCGAGUAGCAGAACAGAGAGGACCGAGUCUUCAUUAGCGGAAGCUUAUGGCUACUAUGGACGUAGCGAAUAUAAUACCAUGGCCCUCGUGCGAAAGUUAGUACACGAAGAUGAUGUCCCUAAUGCUCAAGACACACCUAUAUCAAAUGAGAUUGCGGCCGAGGUCCGCAAGACGCUGGACAAGAUGUUGAAUCGUCCCAUACUCGAUUUCUUGGUCCGAUAUUUCGUGACCAAAGUCAACUGGAUCGAGCAACUUAUAUAUGCACCUUGGUUCCUCACGCAAUACCAAAGAUGGUGGAGUCUUGACAGAUUAUCAUCUGUUGCCGACAUCGAAUUCACCAUUCUCUUCCUGAGAAUUUGUUGCUACGCUUCCCAAUAUCUUCCUUCCCCAACCUAUACCAUUGAUAGCAUCAAAGGGGUAGCUUUAGUAGAUAUCCGUAAGUCUUGCGAAGAAGUCAUCAACGCACUUGGUCCAAUAUGUGUCCGUCUGGAUCCACCAGGCUCCCUGGUACGCGUACUACACAUCCUCUUUGCUGGAUUGGGGUCUCUAUGUGUAAGCCGAAUGAAUGCGUUUUGGGAAGCGCUUAGCUAUGGCACACGCGUGGCACAGCAAAUAGGCCUACGUCGAGAUACUAUUAAGUGGUCCAGCAACGUAGAUGAGCUCGAGAAGGAGAUGACACGGCGAGCAAUUUGCAAUCUCUACAUAUGGGAUAGCUGUUUAUCAAAACGCCUCGACCGUAUACCUUUUUUGCCGGAUACUUUAAGCGAGGACUUCAUGCCACGAAUGCGUCUCCUACCCGAUACUGAAAUUGGAACCGAUGUGCCGGACGUCUUCACAGAGCGCGUUCUGCGAGCACAACUCGCCCAGUUCUGGCGUAACCACGGCUCAGCCAGGGACUCGGAAUACGAUGCAAUAGCAGCAGAAGAGAGAUACGAGACGUUUUGUGCUGACUUUCUGCAAAAGAUGCCUCCGGCUUUUGCUCUGCAGCCGGAUAAGCAAUGGGACGCGCGCUUGUCCACGCUCCCCAUGCAACGGCAAUUACUACAUAAUGCCAUCUUUGAGCAUCUGUGUUGGAACUUUCGGCCCGUGCUCUUUCAGCGAUCGGACCAGGUUCGGCAUCUUCCGGGAUAUAAGCAGAUCCUGGUAACACACAAUAAACAGGCGCUGGCUGCAGCGUCACUUGCGCUUCUGGAGGGUGUUUCGAACUUACAUAGUCUGAUGGGUGGCUCUCAUACGAAAUUCUCAGGCAUUAUUGUGCCAACCUUUGAAGCUGCGGUACCGCUGCUUUGUCUGUACGCGGAUAAGAACUUCCCUGAAGAGAUUACACCAGAGAGUCCAUCUCACAUAAUAUUAAAGUCAGACCCCAUAGGCCACGGAAUACGCCAUCUGACGCGCGCAAAAUGCAGACAGGCAGCUCAGCAUGCUCUGGAUUGUCUACAGAACCUUGCAGAGGUCAGUAAUCUGGCUGAAACAGGGGCGCGUACUCUCGCUCGCCUCAUCCACGGUAUUGAGAGCUCGCCACCGUACACUGAAAGCUAUGGAGAUUCCUCAAAUAUAGCAGUUGACUUGGUAAUGCAGACUUCUGAAGCUUGGAGUUAUGGUCAGGUGCAGGAAUCUGCGUUGGGGGAUUCGCAGGCGCUUUUCCAUUACGAUGAUGGUCAGUGUCGUGAGAUUGGUCCCAGUUGGGAAGAGAUGUUACAGGAUCUCAAUGGUAGCUUUCUGCCCGGAGAGUUUGGAUCUCUCUGA